CCUGAUGUUUAUGCCCUUGUGUAUGUUCAUAAUUUACGAUUUAACACUGUUUUUUCCUCUCCUGCUCUUGAUGUGUCAUACUGUUUCCUUGAUACAAAACCACAGCAUUUACUAAGUGAAUUUCACAGAAUGGCCUAUGGUCAAGAAUUGAUCAACAUUCUUGGCCUCUCACGUAAUGUAAUGGUGAAUGAUGCGGAAUAUGAGUUUCUAAAAACUGUUUUCAAAUAUUUUUCUUCCACCAUCCGCUGUCCAUUUCGCAGUGAUUUGAACAUUGUCACAAGGGCAAUUGAAGCACACAAGCUGUGGGAACAUUUUGACCAUGCAAUACUGUUUCCUCUCUACCCAAACCCUGCCAAUUCAACAUACCAAAAAUUCAAAAAGUUUAUAAAUGCCCUUGGUGCUACUAGUGGAAUAAGGCGGCCUGGAGAUCUUCCUACCAGGCAGGUUUUAAUGAUGGGCCAAGGAAGAAACGAUGUUUGCUCUUUCUGCCAAGCCUCUGCUGUGCCUUUGAAAUGUGAGCAGUGUCUGAAAGCAAGCUACUGUAGCAGCGAAUGCCAGGAAAUGCAUAGGAACUUUCACAGCCUCGUUUGCAAGCAGAACGACGCCACCUUGUCUCAUGAAUUGACCAAUGAUAAUCCAAAAUGUUUAGAAGAAAAGAGAGAUGAAGCUAAGAAAGAUGUAAAGAGCUCCUCAGACACCACUCAGUGUGCAAGAUGUAAGAAACCUGCAGCAAUAGUCUGUCAAUGCCAGCAGGUGUCCUACUGCAGCAAGGCAUGUCAAACACUAGAACGGCCUGGGCAUAGCGAAAAUUGCAAAAAAUUGUCUUAUCACAUGACUACAACGAAAGUCCGCUCAUCCGAUUCAAGUGCAGAAAUAGAAGAGACGCAAGUCCCACAAGGAAAACCGAAAACUCACUCGCCUUGGAAGAACAGUGGCAAUGAAUGUGAAAGGUGUAAGAAACCAGCAACUAUCACCUGUAAGUGCAAGCAGGUGUCCUACUGCAGUGAAGUCUGCAAGACACUUGAGCAGCCAGUACACAGUGAGGCUUGUAUCAGAACCUCACUAGAUCUAACCAAACCACAUUCCCCUCCUGAACACAAGAGAGCGACAGGGACUGAAAGCAAGAGAAUGGCAGACAUUAAAACCUCCAAGAAAGAUUACAAAUGCUACAAUUGUGGCAAGACAAAGUCCUUUUUGCAACACUGUAAAUGUCGAGAUGCCUUGUACUGCAGUGUGGAAUGCCAACAACUGCACUGGCCCCAGCAUAAGAAAACCUGUUCAACUGUUAGAAAAUAG